AUGGGUACCGAUGUACCUGCUUCUAAGGUUCUUCAGCCGAAGCAGAAACUCAAAAUACUGUCUCGUUGUUUUUCCAGCAAAAGUGAAAAUCCUAAAGCAGUAGUACCUAAAGGCCACAUUGCGGUUUAUGUUGGAGAAACAUCCCAGAUGAGAAGAUUUGUGAUUCCUAUAUCAUACUUGAAUCAUCCUUCAUUCCAAGACUUGUUAUAUUUAGCUGAAGAAGAAUUUCAGUUCAAUCAUCCAAUGGGUGUUCUCACAAUUCCAUGCAAAGAAGACACCUUCAUUGCUGUCAUUUCUCGUUUGAGUACCUAG